GAUACGGUUCCUGCAUUCUUCGGCCCACCCAAGCAAACCAUACCCCACGUCUGAGACACACUCACCACCUAUAUACGUACGUUUUGAUAUACCCAUUGAAUCUUCACAGACAUCCACCAUGGCGACUCUCAAAGGCCCGGGCGCACCCAAAUCCUACGACGGCUCUGGACUCCGGAUCGGCAUUAUCCAUGCAAGAUGGAAUACAACGCUGAUUGAUGCGCUCCUCGACGGCACGAAGAAGGCGCUUGCGCAGGCGGGUGUGAAGGAGGAGAACAUAGUGAUUCAGAGUGUGCCCGGGAGCUAUGAGCUGCCGUAUGCUGUCAAGCAAUUAUACUCGGCCUCACAAGUCCAGUCCUCGUCCACGGGCGUUGUAGGCGCAGCCGCCGACCUCCUAGGCUCCGCAUCAGACCUCACUCAACUCAACCUCACUUCGAAAGACACGUCGUCCAAGUCGACCGCGCCCUUUGACGCCUUGAUCGCUAUCGGUGUGCUGAUAAAGGGCGAGACUAUGCACUUUGAAUACAUUUCAGAAGCCGUCAGCCAUGGGCUGAUGCGGUUGCAGCUCGAAGGCAAUGUGCCAGUCAUAUUUGGCUUGUUGACCUUGCUGAGCGAGGAGCAAGGGUUGCAUAGGGCGGGGAUUGCGGGCGCGGGGAAGAAUGAGGGACAUAAUCAUGGAUUGGAUUGGGGGAAUGCGGCGGUGGAGUUGGGCGUCAAGCGGAAGGGGUGGGUUGAGGGCAAGUUUGUGGAUUAGGUGGGCAUUCUGGUACGACUGAAAGCAUGUUAUAGGACACGGCAAGGUCUGGCAUUUGAAAGUGGCUAGCUACGCAAGGUAGUUUAGCUCAAUGUAAUCUCCUUCGCGAGCCC